AUUUAAAAGCGCAAUGGGUGGUCGUAUAUACUUUAAAUUUAAUAUUUAGUGCUAUUAUAUUUUAGUUUGUGCGUAAACUAAAUAUUAACAAUGAGACACAAGUAGAAUGAUAAAAGUGGAGUUUUAAAAAAAUUGUGAUACGAGUACGCGACUCGGUCUUGCGCUUUCUAAUUUUCCAUUCUUUAUUUGAAAUCGCGAAGUGUAGUACGAGAAUUUUUUUAUUUAAAAUUUGAUUAUAACUUAAAAUAAUAUUUAAAAUCGCUAUGGAUAACUCAGAAGAUAGGAGUAAUGGAAUGGAAGCGAGGAAAGAACCUUUCUGGGUGUUUGGUUACGGUUCUCUAUGCUGGAACCCAGGUUUUCAAUACCAACAAUCAAUCACCGGCUAUGUGAAGGGAUUCUCAAGAAGAUUCUGGCAAGGCAACACAACUCACCGGGGGACCGAAUCGAAGCCUGGCCGAGUCGCGACGCUCAUUGAGGAUAAGGAAGGCAUAACAUGGGGCAAAGCAUUCCUGAUCUCAGCGGACGACAACGCAGCCUUACCUUACCUUUCCACCAGGGAAUGCAAGCUCGGUGGCUACAGAACCCAUACAGUCAACUUCCAUCCCCGCCCCAACCUAUUCGGACCAUCGUCAUCCUCUCUUAGUAUCACAGAAAAGAAAAACGCUCUUCUGUACAUCGCAGUUCCUGAAAACAAACAUUGGUUAGGCGCAGCUCCUUUACCUGAUAUAGCGAAGCAAAUUCUAGAAUGCCAUGGACAGUCUGGUCCAAACGCAGAAUACCUUUUAAGGCUAGCAGACUUCAUGAGAGAAGAAAUCCCUGAGGCGUUAGAUGAACACCUCUUUUCGCUGGAAAGGUUGGUCAGAAAGUUCGCUUCGGACAUGAAGAUCUGUUUGAGGACGCUGAUGGGAGAAGAGCCUCAGGAGGAGAAACAAGAAGUGAAAGCUGUCGUGCCCAGCUACCAGUUCGCGUCCAGAAUUCCAGAGAAGAAACUACGUUGUGUCAAUAUGUGAUAUGAAUUUAGAACGCCAUGGACAAUGUGGAUAGUUGUAAUUUUUUAAGCGAGAUUGUCGUUGUCGAGAUGUGGACUGAGGUAAAUAGUUAUGAACAUUAUUUUGUAACGUUUUACUCGAAAAUGUAUUGAAAUUGCAAAUUUUUGACAUUUUUGAUGUAAUUUCGUAACAAGUCGGCCUAACUGCGCUUUGUAUGAUAAUACUCCUAAGUGAAAUUUUGCUAUGAAUAUUUAAGAAGGGCUGGAAGGAAAUAAUUUAUUCACUUGUCUAUGUAACGACAAAAAAAAUAUUAUCAUCACUAUUUGUCUCGAUGUUGCCAAAUCGGGUACUAGGUAGUAAUGAAAUUGACAUUUUACAUGUGAUAGUUGAAUUGUUUUUGUAGAACUAAUAUAAAAGUUUAUUUAGUGACAUUAGCUUGGUUGAAAACCAUUUAAUAUUUAUUUUUAUUCCAAAAUCAAAUUGACAUUAAAUUCAUAAAAUGACUAUGCAAUAAAAUUAUUAUUAUUUUUCUAUUACAAUGUCAAAACUUAAGUUUUGAAUCAUUUUGACAAAUUUAAAUAAAAAUAAAUUAUUAUUUAACAUUUGUAAAACAAAUGUCUAUAUUUGUAAAGCUGGACUUUACUAAAAUAACUACUGUGUAAUAGUGAUGAGAAAUGAAUAACUUGUUUUGACAAAAUCGAAUAAAUAUUAAAUAUCGAAUCCUAAUGUUAAUCAUUUUGACCCGAAAUUGAUUUUAAAUUAUUUCCAAAGUAAUUUAAAAGUUGCUUGUACAAAACUAUCUAAUACCUAUACAUAUAUUUGAUUAAUAUAAUUUGUAAGUAAAAAUAUUGACACAAAUAUGUAUGUAUAUUGAUAAAAAUGGCAUAAUGUGUUUUAUAACUUACUUAUCUAUAAAAUUUUAAUCCCAUUGGCAGCAUAAAUAUGUGAAUUUUAUUUUAUAUUUUAUUAUUAAUUAUUAAACCAUACAAAUAUGUUGAUAUUUAAGAACUAUAAGCUAGUAACAUCUAAUAAACAACGCACAAACAAAAACAAAACCAAAUAUUAAUGUAAUAAAUAAGUAUUAUCUACGAAUCUAGAUUAAUUUAAGUUUAUUUUUGUGAUUAAAAUUAUUAUUAUAAAAAAAUGAAUUGUGUUUUUAUUUGUAUAAAAAAUGACUAUAAUUAUGUUUCGCUGUAUUGUUGAUUUAUUUAAAUGUGAAUACAAAAUAUGUUAUUAUUUUUAAAUGUUAUGAUAAUUUUCGCUAGAAUCCUAAAGACUUGUGAUAGGCGAUGAAGAAAGUGAAGCUAAUUAUGAAUAAAUAGUGUAAUUCAAACAAACCUUGUGUACGUUUAAUUAGCAUAAUUUUUGUAUAAACAUUUGUAUGUUAACUUAAGGCGAUGCCAUAAUGUACUGACAAGAAUAAAAAUGUAUG